UCCAGCCAAUGGGGAGGCUCCUGUUAAUCCCAGCUCGCUAAAAACCGGGUCCACAGGCGGCUCUAAUCUGAGAAGAGAGCCAGUGCAGACAGAGGCAGAGGGACUGGAAGUUCUUUUCUUUUGGAGAUGUCCGAUAUCCUACAAAACUUUCCCGUCACUUCGCUGCAUUUUGGAGGCUUCUGAAACGCGUCCCAGAAGAGGAGACAGAGAGAAGAGCUGUCUGUGUUUCCACUUCACCGUCCACAGUUAGCCUAUUAGAACUGUCACCGGCUCUUCUCGGGGGAUUGCGCUGCGCUGCUCUUCUCAUUACAGCAUUCACAGUCCGUGGACAUCCCGUUGAGUCCGGUCGUCAUGUCCUCCGGUGAUGCCUCGGUGCAGAGUCGGCGGGUCAGCGUGCUGUGUUGGGAUCAGGUGCGGCGUUUGGACUCCAUCCUCGGCGAAAGUGUCCCGAUCCACGGCCGCGGAAACUUCCCCACACUGUCCGUGCAGCCCCGGCAGAUCGUCCAGGUGGUCAGGGCUCGACUGGAGGAGCGGGGCGUGGUGGUACGUGAUGUCAAGCUGAACGGCUCAGCCGCCAGCCACGUGCUCCACCAGGACAAUGGCCUUGGCUACAAAGACCUGGACCUGAUUUUUGGCCUGAGCCUCACUGAUGACAAAACCUUCCGGCUGGUGAAGGAUGUGGUGCUGGACUGCCUGGUGGACUUCUUGCCUGAAGGGGUGUGCAGGGAGCGAAUCACAGCCCUCGCCCUGAAGGAAGCGUACGUGCAGAAACUGGUCAAAGUUUGCAAUGAGACAGACCGCUGGAGCCUCAUCUCGCUGUCCAACAACACCGGCAAGAACGUGGAACUGAAGUUUGUGGACUCCCUGAGAAGGCAGUUUGAGUUCAGUGUUGACUCCUUCCAAAUCACUCUGGAUUCGUUGCUGCUCUUCGACCGCUGCUCGGAGACGGCCAUGUCCGAGACCUUCCACCCUACAGUGCAGGGGGAGAGCAUGUACGGAGACUUUGAGGAAGCUCUCGGCCAUCUUCGCUCCAGGACUAUCGCCACCCGCAGCCCAGAAGAGAUCCGGGGUGGCGGGCUGCUCAAGUACUGCCACUUGCUGGUGCGCGGCUUCCAGCCGUCCUCCGAGCCUCAGAUGAAACAGAUGCAGCGCUACAUGUGCUCACGCUUCUUCAUCGACUUCCCCGACAUAAGCGAGCAGCAGAGGAAACUGGAGGCCUAUCUGCAGAACCACUUUGCGGGCAUGGAGCACAAGCGCUACGAAUACCUGGUGACGCUGAGGCAAGUGGUGGACGAGAGCACUGUGUGUCUGAUGGGCCACGAGCGCAGACAGACGCUGGCACUUAUUUCCGCCCUGGCGUUGCGUGUAAUGGCUGAACAGAACGCUAUCCCUGCUCUGUCCAACAUCACCUGCUAUUACCAGCCCGCUCCCUAUGUAAGAGAUGUCAACUUCAGCAAUUACUAUGUGGCACGAGUUCAGUCACACAUGACUACAUGCAGUAACUCUUAUCAAACAUGGCUGCCUUGCAGCUGAGCAAUGACUUUUAGGAUGUCUGGAGAGCUUUUGGUUUUAACUUUCCAUUGAUGUAAGCUGAGCGUUCAUUAUGGUGCUCAGUACCUCUGUAGCAAUGUGGCUUUUUGGGUUUGAGGCCCAUCAUGGACAAAAAGGAAUUAAUGUAUCUUUUUUUGCCAAAUAUUAUGUCAAAACCAUUCCACUAAGUUAUAUUGAUAAAUACUGCUGUAAAAAAAAAAAAUCUCUUUCGAGCCGUUAUAUAGACCUUUUUGUUCCGGGUUUUAAUAACCAAUGUGGAAAAAUAUGAAGGGUUGAUAUGAUUUGUUUGCCAGGUCUGUUUCUUGUCUGAUGGGGGCUUGUAUUGGGUCUUUAAGGACAUGUAAAUACUUCGUAGAAAGCAGUUUUUUGUUCUGUCUGUGGUUUCAGCUGACCUGACAGGGAGAGAAAAAGGACCAAAGAAAUACUUUCUUGUGUAGCAUGACAAACAAAGACUGUAUGUGGUUCCAAGUGCCUGAAACUGACCAACAUCUUUAUAGUAGUUAGUUGUAAGAACUGUUUAUGAAACUUUUUCAUCCAGGUUUACUGUACAUUUCUAUAUCCAGUGUCAGGUUAUUUGUUUUCAAAUCAUUAA